AUGUCACUAACCUACCCAGAUACUCAAAAAGACCUAAUUGAUGCGGACAUUCUUAAUCUCCACGCCGAAUAUCUUCCCAACAUCCGCCAGGUCAGCCUCCAGAUCUCCGCCGCCGGUGCCAGCGAUGCUCAUCCAGAGAUCUGCCUUUCCGCGUCCCGACGCGCGGUGACAGUAUCGCUUGAACUCCCAGAACCGACAGGCUAUGUCUCAGAGACGAUCAAGUUGCCCGCCAAGGUAACGGAGAGCUCAAGUCGUCUAUUAAGCAGCGCGACGCGAAACAGCGCGGCAGGCUCGAAUGCAGGGAGCGGGAGGGAAUUCUCGUAUCGGAUGCAGGUCGAUGAUGCGGAACUGACGCAGCGAAACGCUGUGGAAGAGCACAUGGAUAGUUUUGUCCCUUGGUCUGCGGGAGAUAUGCGGCCGUCUACGAAGUUACGGUGUACGCGGUGCGAGGAGGUAAUUCUUGACAGGCCGUCGGAUUUAUCAGAUGAGGAUGGGGCGUCGCAUACGGGCUGGGUGUGGAAAGACCUGCCUAGUGGAAACUGGGCGGAGAUGAUGGAUUUCUGGCACUGCCAUAAGCCGGAUCCGGAGCCGCAUGAGAAACAGGAUGCAACUAAACAGCUGACUGAGGAUGAGAACUCCAAGAUCAAGGGGUAUGGUGCGUCGAAUCAAGUUGUGGCUACGCCAGGGACGGUGCUCGUGGAUGUGGCCACUUUCUUGGUCUACGCUCUAGAGUGUAAGGGCUUGAAAAAGGCCCCGAAGGAAAGUCUCGAUGGCUCUUCUCCGUCUGAGGCGGAGCUCCUCUGCAACAACUGCAACACACUGGUCGGCGUGGAAGACACGAUUGCCAAAGGCUGGAGGCUCUUCAAGACAAGCCUUUCAGCUGCCAACAAUCUUGAAGAUGGGAACUGGGAAGCACACCCUACAGAGCUCAUUGUUGCAGCUCAGCUGUUGGAACUCAUUGAGCGUGAAAGUGCGCGAAGGUUCAUCAUCCAUUGUGGGAAAAAAGAAGGGCUCUUGAUAUGGGUCUUCAACCCAGACAUGCGCUUCUCGAACUCCAGCUCCCAUCACAGCAUCGCCUCACAGCGAGCCAUGAAAGUCUUCUUCCAACACGCGCCCAACGUCGCAGCGUUACUUCACCCAGAGCCCGGGAAAACCUCGUCAUUGUCUUUGGAAGAACUCAGACUGCCCAUGGGCACCUAUGCUUCUCUCACCGCGGCACUGGAGGCAAGCAACGGCAUGCUUCCUCCAUCGGCGCGCUCCUUCCAGGAGAGUUGGCGGGUAGGCGUCCUGCACCGCUUCGAGAAAGCGUUGAGGCACACUUGA